UGUCCCCAGGACCCUCCUUCACCCACUUCUCUCAACAUUUCUCCAUCUUCCGUACACCCAUUUCGCAAAUCUCGCCUUCGACUACCGUUUUCGUCUCACCGACUGCCUCAGCCUCGUUGCCCUAUUCUACCAACCCGACCAAUCCUGUCUCGAGCUGCUUCAGCCUUCCAGUUGCCCUUUUCGCCAAGUCUCCGAACAGCCAACCAUGUCCGACUACGUCGACCACGAUAUGCAGUACGCACCCUUCGAGGAUGAGCUGUCCGAUGUCGAUUGGACUCGGCAGUAUGAGGAGGUCAUGAGUGAGCCUUGGCUCCAGUUUGACGACUUCAAUUGGAGUGCCUGGGACCAGGGUGCUGAGGCGCCCCCAGGUGACAGGUGAGUUUAAAAAAAGACAUGAGCUAACAAAAGGGCAAGAAUUUUGAAGGAUACCAAUUGGGCAAUGGAGGCCCGUCCUUCCAAUGAUUCCUUGAUGAGGUCAACGCUUUCGAAAGGGUUACAUGCUCCAGCGCCAUUCGGGCAGAAUGUUCUCGAUCCACCCACUCCGAAUGACCUAAUCGUUUGUUCUGUCAAAGGAUGUAUUUCCAAACCGUUCAAACGCCAAGCCGAACUAAAUCGACACAUGAAGAAACAUGAAGGCAAGACGGACUAUCCUUGCCUCGCGGUAGGCUGCAAGAGAACCGGAACCCAAGCCUUCACGCGACCCGACAAGUUGAAAGCCCAUGUUAUUGCGGGUCACCACGACGAUGAUCUCUUCAAGUGCUACAAACCUGAUUGCAGCGUCGAACUGCCCCGGGGUGUAUUUGCCUUGCAUUAUAGUGACUGGAAUAAUGGUCCCAUCGGAGAUGUAUUCUAUUCGCUGCGUGAGAUGCGCAAAUGUCCCAUUCCGAAAUGUACGUUUUGGCUAAUACGUACGUAUUGGUCACAGUCCGAACAGUACGGCCUCGAGGAUCUACAAGCCCACCUUCUCGAAAAGCACGAUGCGAGAGGAAGGGCAAACUUUGCUGGACUACUCAGACAGGCCGGAUAUGACUCCAUCACUGCUGAAGUCAUGUGUCCUAUCUGCCCUACGAACAAUCGUUUCGCCCGCCAUGAGGACUUUUACGCACAUUACUUCCUGCAACACUUCCAUGGACCGAUUUGUGAUGAUCAUUCUGAUGCAUCGUGUCCCGACACAUGUCAGGGGCGUGAAGACUAUUGGCGACUUACACAUUCGUCAUCUAUCCCGGAGGAAGUUCGUCAACACCGUCGCACGAUUCUCAGUAUUUGGCCUGCCUUCCCCAGAUCCUCUGUUUGGAAUGAUGUGAGGUGCCAGAGCAAACAGGAAUGAUCCUCGUCGUAGCCUCUGUACACUUUCUGUUGGAAUUUCAGAUCAAUGUCGGGUAUUACUUCAUUUCCCACUCCGGUCGUUAUAUCCUGUCGACUUUGCUACGCUCAUGUGUUUCUUUCAUUGUAUCUUCCUCUGUCAUUGUAUGUUAUCUCCUUAGAUAGAAAGAAUCCAACUUCGUACGCU